UUUUCCUCCCCUUAGGCCUGCACUCAAGGACAUUAAGCCCGUUGUCCAUUUUUUAUUAUUGUAAAAUCGCGCGCGGAAGCCAGACUCGACGGCGCGUCUCCGAUCGAACACAUUUGCCGGGCGGAACUCCGUCGGUCUCUCAGGACUCCGCCGUCAACCGGUAGCGUUCAUUCCUACCAAGCUUCCUGGUGGUGUAUUGAAGGCUCGAUUAUGGAAGACAUCAAUGAGGAUUUUCUAUAAAAUCCGUCGCCACCGAGCUACGUUAUGGCUUAGCAUUUACACAGGUACAGUCUCUAGUCUAUUUCUACGUGAAUCAGUGCCCUGUUUCGUUGCUUGAAGAAAGCUGGAAAGCCGUUUCUUUCAAUUUUAGUUGUUCGCUUAUCUGACAAUGUGAACGUAGGAACCUGACAUUGGGGGUCUUUAGAGAUCCUUUCCGGGUCAUGUUUUCCCAAACUGCAUGGUAGGUGUUCGCGAAAAUGUCUAAAUGAAAUUGGAGUUUCGAGAAUUCGGACUUCAGUUGCUUUCGGGGAAAGGUUUCUUUAUACGUGAACGGUAAGGAUUUUUGUUUAAUAUAAUAAUAAUACCUUGUGAUUCAUGGGUCAUGGGUCGUGAAUCGUGAUCCUCCAGACCUAAUUGCGAACUGUUAAUCAACUAUUGUAUCUUUGCUUCCUCUGUCAAUGGGGAAUUGGGAUCCUUCUAGUUGGAUGUAAUUAGCUACAUCAGCCACGUCUUAUAAAUAUUUUAUCGUUUGAUGAUUGUUUGGUGUCCAACGUGUAGAAUAAGACAGAUGAACCUGGUGAAAAACUGAAAAUUAUCCCAAUUAAUCACAGAUUCGUAUCCAUGAUUUGGUGAAUGUUUCCAUGUCGUCCUAACAGCUCAGUCUCACUAUUCACUGCAUUUCUUCUCACCAUGCAAUGCUCUCUGACAUAGUAUGGUUAACUGUUCCUUUAAUUACCCAGGUGGAUCUUCGGUUUAGUAUCAGCAGGUAUUACUCGCAUGCUUGAGACACCACUCUGGUUUUUACUCAUUUUUAUGUUCUCAAUUUUACAUCCCUCCCCGUCAUCCCAUUGACCCAAAGGUAAACUGCAGCUGUUAACUGAGCUCACCACCUAAGCGUUGCUGUGACCAUAUUUAAUUGGGGUGCUUCCCUCGUGUUUCUCUACAUGUUGACUUUUGCACCUUUUCUUUCCUUUUAUACAAUCUGGUUCACUUGACAAGAAAAUUGACACUAAGGUAAGGUGGGUGCUUCUCUCUUUGUUUGUACAAAUUGAUACUUGCACUGUUUAAACUAUGACAUCCAUUUGGUUCAGUUGACAAGAAAACUUAAUCUAUUUGGAGUGCUUAUCUCAUUGUUUAUCUGCUAUAAAUUGAUUCUUGCAUCAUCCAUUUGAUGGGCAUCUACUUGACCUACUGUUCUACACCGAAUUGCCACUGAACAGAUAAACCAUGUCCUCUGUAUUUACUAGGUUUUGCAAAACCUUGAUCACUAAGUUUAUCGAAGAGGAUUUCCAUGGGGCUGUGGCUAAGAUGACAGUGCUUGAUGCUUUCCUUUUCUGUAUUGUACAUUCCAUUGACAAGAAGCGUCUAUGGCACAGGCUGCCUGUGAUUUUGGGUCUCGGUUACCUGGGAAUACGUAGACACCUUCAUAACGUCUAUAGUUUGCUCAAUGUUGGUCACCAGAUCGGUGAAGGCUUCAACCCGGCUGACUAUCCGUACAGGACAGCAGAUGGAAGGUAUAAUGAUCCCUCCAAUGAGUUUGCCGGCAGUGAAAACUCUUUCUUUGGCAGGAAUGUAAUGCCUCUUGAUCAGAAAGAUAAGUUGAUAACACCACAUCCUGCUGUGGUGGCUGCAAAACUACUGGCAAGGAGAGAGUACAAGGAUACAGGAAAGCAGUUCAACAUGGUUGCAGCUUCUUGGAUUCAGUUCAUGAUCCACGACUGGAUUGAUCAUUUGGAGGAUACCAAGCAGACAGAGCUGAUAGCACCAAAAGAGAUCGCUAGCCAAUGCCCUCUGAGUUCUUUCAAGUUCUACAUUACCAAGGAAGUCCCAACUGGUUCCCCAGACAUCAACACUGGUACCCUGAACUCACGUACAUCUUGGUGGGAUGGAAGUGCUAUCUAUGGACAAAAUGCAACAAGGUUGCAGAAAGUGAGAGAGUUGAAAGAUGGGAAGCUGAAGAUAGCUGAAAAUGGUCUUCUACCCCAUGAUGAAGAUGGGGUGGCUUUAUCAGGAGACGUUCGUAGUGCCUGGAUUGGCACGUCUACCCUGCACGCUCUCUUCGUCAGAGAGCACAAUGCUGUCUGCGACAUGAUCAAGGAAGAAUAUCCAGAGAUGGUAGAUGAGGAACUAUACAGGCGGGCAAGAUUGGUGACAGCUGCUGUGAUUGCCAAGGUUCACACCAUUGAUUGGACUGUCGAGCUCCUGAAAACUGAUACAUUACUCGCUGCAAUGCGAACAAACUGGUACGGAUUCCUGGGGAAAUGGUUCAAGGACACAUUUGGCCACAUCGGAGAUGCUCAACUGGGAGGUCUUGUUGGUUUGAAGAAGCCAGAAAAUCAUGGAGUUCCAUAUUCCUUAACAGAGGAUUUCGUCAGUGUAUACCGACUGCACUCACUUUUACCUGACGAAUUCCUUGUUAGGGACAUUUCAACUGAACCAGCUCCCAACGAAUCUCCACCUGUAGCCAAAAAGCUUCCGCUUCCAGAGUUGAUAGGGGCAAAUGGAGAGAAGGUUUUAUCAGAAAUAGGGUUCACUAGGCAAAUGGUCUCCAUGGGCCAUCAAGCCUGUGGGGCUCUUGAGCUAUGGAACUACCCCAAUUGGCUUAGGAACAUGAUACCCGAGGAUCCCAAUGGCAGAGACAGGCCUGAUCAUGUGGACCUGCCAGCCCUUGAAGUAUAUAGAGACAGGGAGAGGAAAGUUCCGAGGUACAAUGAGUUCCGCAGACGCCUGUUGAUGAUACCUAUAUCGGAAUGGGAAGACCUAACGGACGACAAGGAAGCCAUUCGGGUGCUCAUUGAGGUUUAUGGUGAUCGAAUUGAGGAACUAGAUCUUCUAGUCGGCCUCAUGGCAGAGAAAAAAAUCAAAGGAUUUGCCAUAAGUGAGACUGCAUUCUUCAUAUUCAUUCUCAUGGCUUCGAGGAGGCUGGAGGCCGACAGGUUCUUCACGAGCUACUUCAACGAGGAAACGUACACAAAGAAAGGGCUCGCAUGGGUGAACACAACGGAGUCUCUUCGAGAUGUGAUCAAUCGCCAUUGUCCUGGAAUGACCAAGAAAUGGAUGAACUCUACUAGUGCAUUUACUGUCUGGGAUGCGCCUCCACAGCCCCAAAGCUGGAUUCCUCUCUAUCUCCGGAUUCCAGGAUUUAUGUGACAUCUCUAGCUGUUAUUACUGGUUUCCUGUUGUUUCAUAAAUAAAAGCUAGCAGAAAUGUUGUGUGCGAUACGAUGUUUGAAAUUCUUUGAUUGGGGUAAUUUGGACCAGCAGGAACAAUGUUAUACUGGUAGACUGCUGGUGUUUCACUUGUCCCUGUACUUGUUGUAAUUUUGUAGAUGAGAUGAUUGGGGAAAAACAGAGAAUGUGAGAUAAAUAAUAAGAAUCUCUGAGCUAUUAUAAUCAAACAUAUAUAACGUGGAUCAACACUUGAAAAUUCUUUUAAGGUUUCUUCCAGGACUUUAAGAUAUGUGGAGAGUGUCUAUAAUUUGUAAUAUAUCGUAUUAAUAGCUUCCAUAGCUUUAUCGUUGGCAGAUGAAUGGAUAAAAUGUUCUAAUAGAAUAUGAAUCGUGCCUCACGUUUAUCCUAAAGAUAAAAAUACAGCUAAUGACUCAACCAUUUUUUAAGGGAUAAAAAUACACUCAACCAUGUGCUCUAUUUAUGUGAUUCAUACAAUAUUGCACCUACUUUCCUGAGACGAGUAAACUUUCCUCAUAACACCUUAUAUCAGGGCACCUUUGAAAUGAUGUUUUUGAUUCUUCAAUUUUUAUUUGUUUGUUUGUUGAAAAGUUCUUCAUAAUUCUUUUGAUGGUUGGUGCUCUCAUUAAUAAUUAUUGGUAGUACUACCUAACUCUAUCCUCACUUAUUGUACCAAAGACAACGAUCAGUUGCGUGAUCGAUUCAUACAAGGUACAACGUAAAUAUGUAAAUAAGUAUAACACUUUUAAGAAUGAUUAUUGUGUGAUGUACAAGAAAGGAGCAAGUGCAUAAACUAAAGUUGUGCAUGCCAUGUUGCAUAACUGUGAUAUCUCAUUUCUUCUAACAUGCAGUUUUAACUUUUUUUUUACCCAAGUUACGCACCCCAACUCCAUGUUGCAUGACCGCCAUGUCCAUUUUGAUAUCCAAUUUAUGACCAUUGCAAGACUGUUUUACUAUGGUCGUAAGAUAGUGGAACAAUUGUCAUAAAAUAUAGGAUUAAGAUGGCUGUCUAAGAUAUAGUGUUAUAAUGGUUCAUGGUCGUAAGACAUUGUUACAACUAUGCUAAGAUGGAGAUUAUAACAGUCAUAAGAUAGAAAUCAUUGUUACAACUAUCUUUUUAUCCCUCAUUCGUUCUUUAAUUUGAUGGUUGUCACUCUCAUUAGAAAUCAUUAUAAGCCUGGGGAGAAUUGAUUCAUACUUAUGAAAGAUUAUUCACAACAAAUCAUUCUAGGCAAUGGAGAGCAUAACGUGAUCCAUUAAAUCUACUAGAAACACUAAAAAUUGUGAAUUAAUUUAUAAUCAUUUAACCACAUUAUUCAUGCAUGAGACAUUUCUAUGUAGUAUGGCAGAAAAGAUAUUCAACAUGUCAUUUUAAGGGAUGAUGCGUAUGUACGAGAGGAUUUGAAUAUCAACUUAACUGUUGAGAACUUGCAUACGAAAAAAUCGGAUGAAAGAUUACAAUUAUAGGUUGCAUGUUUAACUCGCAACAAAGGGCAAAUGAUUCACAACGUAGUUUAUAUAGCUAAGUAACGCUAAUAACAAAGAGCCUAACAAGGUAACUAAUUAACUAACGAUAAGAAUAAUAUGCUUGUUGUAUAGAACACUCAUCAAACUGAUUGAUACCUAAUGUUGUUGGCUUUGUUCGUUGGCAAGACCUGUCGGCUGCCGUAAAUCAGUUGUGAUGCUUGACGUCAUUUUUUAGACAGCUGCAGCUGAAUCAUCCUCGUUAACUCAGGAACAUGGGUUGCGUCCGAUGCUAAAAAUUCGUACAAAAUUAGGAUGCAUGCAAGUGUUUAUAACAAAACCUAAACUCGUGUUUGCUCUAUCAUGACAAUGGACCUAAUUAAUACUAUCACAUACU